AUGUCUUCAUUUGACAAGUCCUCAGAUGGCGACGUGGAGGCUGGAGAAAAGAUCAAGUAUUUAAAAUCAGUCCGCGGUGCCGAUUUUGAAGAUGAUGCACAUAUUGAAAAGAUCGACGUUGGGACAGAUAUGGAUGACAUCGCUACUAGCGUCGAUGAUAUUCCAAUUAGCUGGUUUGUGUGGAUAGUCGCCCUAACCGCCUCGACAGCGGGUUUGCUAUUCGGAUAUGACACUGGUGUCAUAUCAGGGGCGACAGCAUACAUGGGCAGCGAUCUCAACAAUAGACCUAUCACAAGCAGCGAGAAAGAACUGAUCACAUCGCUGUGUUCUGGAGGAGCCUUCUUCGGAGCUAUCUUUGCAGGAAACACGGCAGACAGGCAGCUCAUCAAAAUUACCAAGUUUGGUCGCAAAAUGGCAAUUUAUAUAGGUUGCGCCCUCUUCAUCAUCGGCGCCGUGCUCCAGGCAGCCGCAUACACAAUCGCUCAAAUGUCCGUCGGACGUGUCGUAAUCGGGUUUGGCGUCGGUUCAGCAGCCAUGGUCUUGCCACUGUAUGUCGCUGAGAUUGCACCGGCCAAGUCGCGUGGAAAGCUCAUCGGCUUAAACAACAUGUCCAUAACCGGUGGUCAAGUCAUCUCGUACGCAAUCGGUGCGGCCUUUGCCCACGUGGAUCAUGGAUGGCGAUAUAUGGUUGGACUUGGUGCUGUACCAGCUAUCAUUCUUGCUCUCUUGUUGCCAUUCUGUCCUGAAUCGCCGCGUCACCUCAUCUACCAAGGUCGGGAAGAGGAAGCCCGCGUGGUUCUGAAAAAGAUAUACAAGGGAGCUAGUGAGCUGCAGAUUGACGCUCUCCAAACAUCCAUUAGAGUCGCCUGUAAUCAAGCCCGCGAGAUCAAUGAUGGCGGUACCGCAUUUAGCAAGAUCAAGCAGCUGCACUGCGUGCCCAGCAAUCUACGUGCUUUGAUAAGUGCGUGUGGAUUGAUGGUCAUUUCCCAGCUGUCGGGUUUCAACGGCCUGAUGUAUUAUAGUGGGACCCUUUUCGGGACGAUUGGAUUCAGCGACCCUAUGGCGGUUGGGUUGGUGGUUGCUGGUACCAACUUUAUCAUGACCUUUGUGAAUAUGAUGGUGAUCGACAAGAUGGGCCGCAGACGCCUUCUCCUCUCCACGACUUGGGGAAUGUCUGCUGGUAUGAUUGCCAUUGCAAUAGCCUUCAAGUGGAUCCCAUUCAACCUGGAAUCCGGAACCCUUGAACCGACUAGCGGAGUGCCACCUGCUGCGAUCGCGGUGAUUGUCUUCAUCAUUUGGUACGUCGUUUUCUACGGCGUAUCGGUGGGUAACACUGCGUGGAUGAGUACCGAUUUCUUCCCCUUGGAGGUCCGCGCCAUGGGCACAAUGUGGCUCACAUGUUCCAACUGGGGCAGUAAUGUUAUAAUCUCCAGUUGUUUCCUUUCCAUGAUAGAGGCGAUGACCCCGUCUGGGGCGUUUGGUUUCUUUGCUGGUAUUUGCGGUGUUGGUUGGAUCUGGCUGUAUUUCUUCUACCCUGAAGUGUCUGGCCUUGUGCUUGAAGAAGUCCAAGAGGUAUUUGAGCAUGGAUUUGGGGUGAAGUAUGCUAACAACUUACGACGGGAGCGUAAGCAUAUCAUCGCGGAGAGGAUGAAAGCCCAAGACAAGCCCAUUGCGAUGGGUCAUUAG